GAUAUAUCAAAAUAAGAUAUAACAUGGAAGCUGAAAAGCCAAAGAUGAUCUAUAGAUCUCUAGGAAACACUGGACUCAAGGUAUCAAUUCUGUCUUUCGGAACAUGGCUGACCGCCCAUGAUGAGAAAGCAGAAGAAGACAUCAUUGAGUGCAUGAAGAAAGCAUUUGAACUAGGUGUUAAUUUCUUUGAUACUGCUGAAUCAUAUGGGGGAGGAGUAGCUGAGACUCUUCUAGGAAAAGGCUUGAAAGCAAUCGGAGCUCCCAGAGAAGAUUUCGUAGUCUCUACUAAACUGGUUGCAUGAGGUACAGGAGCUAAUGAUAAGAUGCUUAGCAGAAAGCAUCUUAUUGAAGGAACAAAGAAUUCUUUGAAGAGACUUGACCUUGAAUAUGUUGAUGUGAUCUUCUGUCAUAGACCAGAUACUCAGACUCCUAUUGAUGAAACAUGCAGAGCCUUGGAUUGGAUAAUUGAAGAAGGAUAUGCCUUCUACUGGGCUACUUCUGAGUGGACUGCAGACCAAAUUGCUAGAGCCAUGGAAAUCUGUAAGGAGGAAGAUCUCCACAAACCAAUUGCUGAUCAAUGCCAAUACAAUGCUCUCAAAAGAGAGAACUUUGAGAAGAAUCUUAGACACUCUUAUGAGAACUAUAAAUACGGAACUACUAUCUGGUCUCCUAUUGCGAUGGGACUCCUCACUGGGAAAUACAAUGACGGGAAUAUCCCUGAAGGUUCUAGGAUGUCUACAGACUAUGGAAAGUCUGUCUGCUGGACAGAGUAUUGUGGAAAAAAGGAUGAAAAUAAAGACAAGGUGUUUGAUUCCCUAAACAAGCUUGAAGAUAUUGCUAAAGAAGUUGGUUGUACUCAAUCUCAACUUGCCCUUGCAUGGGCUUUAGUCAAUAGAGAUGUCUCCACUUGUAUCUUUGGAGCUACCAAAGUAAGCCAAGUUGAAGAAAACUUGAAAGCCGUAGAAGUUGCCACAAACUGGACGCUAGAGCUGGAAGAGAAAAUCGAAGCUGCUCUUGACAACCAGCCUGACUCAGAGGUAGAUUUCAACACCUUCACUCCAAAGAGACCUAGAAGAAUUGUCGCACUUGAUACCUCAAUGAGCCUUGACUAAAUUUCCAUUUCCUAAAAAUAUC